AUGGAACUCAGCGGAGAACAUUUGCGCGCCAUAAUUUAUUACAACCUUCAGAGACAAUUAUCACAACAAGAAUGCGUUGCUGAGUUACUGUCUGUUUUCGGCAACGAAGCGCCACUUCAGUCGACAAUUUCUCGUUGGUAUGGAGAAUUUAAACGUGGACGGCUGAUGUACAGCAUUGUUAGUGGUGGUGAAUCGUGGAUUUACUGUUAUGAACCAGAAAAUAAACGACAGUCGGCUGUUUGGGUGUUCCAAGGUGAAAAAAAGCUAACAAAAGUCAUCCGUUCUCGAAGUGUUUCGAAAAAGGUGGUCGCGACAUUUGUGUCAAAAGCGGGUCAUAUUGCAACAAUUCCUCUUAAUGAGCAAAGAACUGUUACUGCGGAUUGGUAUAUCAGCAUUUGUUUGCCGAAAGUCAUCACUGAACUUCGAAAAAUCAAAACCGAAAGAAGAAUCAUCCUCCACCAAGAUAAUGCAAGCUCGCACACAGCCCCAAAAACAAGGCAGUAUUUAAUGGAAGAAAACUCCCGAUCUAACUCCGAUUUCUUUACUUUCCCGAAAAUUAAAAACAGACUGCGUGGUCAAAGGUUCCAGUCACCAGAAGAAACAGUUGACGCAUUCAAAAAUGCCGUUUUGGAUCUACCAGCAAACGAGUGGAAUAAGUGCUUCGAAAAUUCGUUCGAGCCCAUGCAGAUGUGUAUUAAUCUUCGUAGAGAAUACUUCGAAAGACAAUAA